CCGAGAAUGACCUUCCCUGCCCGCUGGACCCCACCAUGGAAGGAACAUUCAGAGUCUUAAUACACCUCACCGUGGCUUUCUUCAGAGUCAUACUGCAGCGACCAGUCUACCGAUGCUGAAGGCACGAUUGUUGGAGCCUGUAAAUGACCAUGUCUUGAACAGUCGCUCUGUCCCGGGCGCCACUUAGCUGGCUGCCACCUCCUUUGCGCUCUCCGACUCGUACUCCGCUGAGCGUACCACUCUACAAAGAACCCCACCAUCUUGCAGUCGAAAUCGAUCCCAAUAUACUUGCGCACGCAGAUUGCUACUUGCGACAAUGGACCAGGGCCAUCGCGAAUACAUCCUUGAGGUAUUCGCAGACCAAACAUUUGUAAGGGACAUAGUUAAAGGAGUCCUACACACGAUAUUCUUCCACCGUUACUUCCCACCGAUCCGACCCUCUCUCUACACCCCGAACGCCUCCUCCCUGUCUCACACGCACACCUCGCAUUCGACACAAUCCCUCCCCAUCACGCUCCCUUCAAUCCUCGAACCGCCUGAAAUCUCCACUGCAAUCGAUUCUCACGCAGACUUGCUCAUCUCUCAGUUGACGCCACAAUUCUCGGCGAAUACAACAAGCCCGUCAGCCGCUGCAGGUGGCUCUCGCGGCGAAAUAGUAGUGCGGUUUUACGAUCGCAAGAGGAGAAAAACAGGGAUCACGACGGGCUGGUUGGGCCGCUUGGGAGGUGGCGGACAGACCGAGGAGGAAGUAUGCUGGGAGGAGUGGUGUAUACAAGUUAUUGUUGCAAGACCUAGAAGUGAAGCGGACCGCAUCAAAGUCCGCCGUGCAAUGGAAUCUUCCCUACAGAAGACCGCGAUGAAGAUCGUCGCGAUAGUGAACAGAGACAAGGAUCAUAUCCCCCCCAUUACCACGAGUGAUCAGAAUCCGUUCCCGUACAGAAUAUUUGUCAAUCCCAAGCAACAGGAAAGCGUGGAGAGAGGCUUUGUGGGAGGGUGGAGUUGAGGCUAGGGAGGUGCAGAGUACAUCAGCUGGACAAAUGCAUUCUCCUUAGAGAUACAAAUUAUAGAGCCAACAAAAGUUGCUGGUUUUUUUUUUUGAGUAUAUCAUUGGGUUCAACCUCAAUUGACGCCUGCCUGCCUGCGAUCAAUAACUAGCCUCAACUUGUUCUCUUGAGAGCCAUGGCCACCACCAACACACAAAUCAAUAGGUCUAUCGAGAAAGUUCAUAAUGAUAUGAUUUAGCCUUCCUGAGCAA